AUGGCGGACCCCAACAAUGUCGCCCAGUACAAGUACUCGGCGAUGUCAAACCUGGUUCUCCAGGCUGACCGUCGAUUUGUCUCUCGAAGAACCGAUGAGAACACCGGUGAUCCGGAGUCCCUUGCUGGAAGGCUCAACAUUCGAGAUAUGGGGUCACGAGUUGGUCGUGAGGAUGCUCCGAAGCAGAAGAGGAUGGCUUCCGGCUUACAAGGCAUGGAAAGAGGCUCAAUACGUGAAGGCCAGGAUGUUCUGGAACGUGAACAGAGGAAACGAAAGCGGGGUGAGCCUGCCCAGACUCGAGGAGCUGGCAUCUUGUCCGCUGGCGAUGCACUGAUCGAAGGGCUCAAAUAUCGUCCUAGGACACCCGCUACUCGCGCGACCUACGAUCUCCUUCUCACCGUGACUGCCAAUGCUCUGGGCGACGUCUCUCAGGAAAUCGUCCGAAGCGCCGCCGAUGCCAUCCUAGAAUAUCUGAAAGACGAGAACUUGAAAGAUCUUGACAAGAAGAAGGAGAUUGAUGACAUUGUCGGAUCGACCAUGACACCCAAGCAGUUCAAUGAAUUUGUCAACCUUGGCAAGAAGAUCACAGAUUAUGAUGCGCAAGACGGGGAUGAGGAUGGCGAAGGCGCAGGCGCGGACGAAGCCGAGCUUGACGACCGUCAAGGUGUUGCAGUCGUCUUCGACGAAGAUGAAGAGGAUGAAGACGGUGUCGCUAGAACAUACGAAGUUCGAGAUGAUGAUGACAGCGACGCAGACGAGGAAGACGACAUGCAGGACCAACCUGGGCUUGAUGAAGUUGCAACCGCUGGUGGCGCUGGCGCUCCAGAUGCUGACGAAGAUGGCGACACUGGCAUGGUUCUUGACAGCGGCCUCAAUGACUCUGGUCGUCGGAAGCGAGAAGAUUCCGAUGCCAUACCCAUCCAUGACAUCGACGCUUACUGGCUCCAACGUCAAAUUGGAUUGCUGUAUGCCGAUGCUCACAUCCAACAACAGAAGACCCAGGACGCGCUACAGAUACUAUCUGGAAAGUCACUCGAGGGCGAGGAGAUAUCGCUUCGCGACAUUGAGAAUGACCUUAUGGAUCUCUUCGAUUACGAUCAUCCGGAGAUGGUCAGCAAAUUGGUUGCCAAUCGUGAGCGGAUUGUCUGGGCCACUAGAUGGCGCAGAGUGGCCGAGGACGACGAUGCUCGAAAUCUUAUAGAAAGUGAGAUGGUCGAGGCUGGCCACCGAAUUAUACUGAACGAGCUUCUCGGAAUAACAGAUGGUACCACAGAAGGUCCUCGCCCAGCCAAGAAGAUGAAAUUGGAUCUUAUGGACAUCGAUGUCCCAAAGGCACAAGAUGAAGAACAGGUGAAGAAGGAAGGAGUACUUUCCGGUGGCUUGCAGCCACAGCGACUCAUCAACCUUGAAAACUUGGUGUUUGAGCAAGGAAACCAUCUCAUGACAAACCCCAAGGUUGUCCUGCCUCAAGGCUCGACGAAGCGAACUUUCAAGGGUUAUGAAGAGAUUCAUGUUCCGGCGCCAAAGCCGAGACGGGAUCCUGGUGAAAAGAAUAUUCCGACCUCAGAACUUCCAGAUUGGGCAAGACAAGGAUUUGGUUCUUCGAAAGAACUCAAUCGGAUACAAUCUAAGUGUUAUCCUUCAGCUUUUGGUGACGAUGGCAACAUGUUGAUCUGCGCGCCCACUGGAUCUGGCAAGACCAACGUUGCAAUGCUUACUAUUUUGCGGGAGAUUGGCAAGCACCGAAACCCCGAAACUGGCGAGAUCAUGCUAGAUGAUUUCAAGAUCAUUUACAUCGCGCCCCUCAAGGCUUUGGUGCAAGAACAGGUGGGAAACUUCGGAAAGCGACUUGAAGUGUAUGGAAUCAAGGUUUCUGAACUUACUGGUGAUCGAUCACUCACCAAGCAGCAAAUCGCGGACACACAGGUCAUCGUGACAACGCCAGAAAAGUGGGAUGUUAUUACGCGAAAAGCCACUGAUCUGAGCUAUACCAGACUGGUUCGCCUCAUUAUUAUCGACGAGAUCCAUCUGCUGCACGAUGAUCGAGGGCCUGUCAUUGAAAGCAUUGUCAGUCGUACUAUCCGAAAAAUUGAGCAGACGGGCGAUCCAGUCCGCAUUGUUGGAUUGAGCGCAACACUUCCCAACUAUAGGGAUGUCGCUACUUUCCUUCGUGUCGACCCUGAAAAAGGACUGUUCCAUUUCGACGGAUCCUUCAGGCCUUGUCCACUUCGUCAAGAAUUCAUUGGAAUUACCGACAAGAAAGCGAUCAAGAUGCUGAAGACCAUGAACGAUGUAUGCUACGCAAAAGUAAUGGAGCAUGUCGGAACCAAUCAGCAGCAAAUGUUGAUCUUUGUUCAUUCUCGAAAAGAGACUGCUAAAACAGCCAAAUAUAUCCGUGACAAAGCUGUCGAGAUGGAGACGAUUGGACAGAUAAUGCGAACAGAUGCAGCCAGCAGGCAGAUCCUGCAAGAGGAGGCUGAUCAAGUUCACGAUGCCAACCUGAAAGACAUUAUGCCAUACGGAUUUGGCAUUCAUCAUGCCGGCAUGAGUGUUGCUGAUCGUACGUCCGUGCAAGAUCUUUUCGCGGAUGGGUCACUCCGAGUGCUUGUCUGCACAGCAACACUGGCCUGGGGUGUCAAUCUUCCUGCACACACUGUGGUUAUCAAGGGCACGCAAGUCUACUCUCCCGAGAAGGGUAGCUGGAUAGAGCUCAGUCCGCAAGAUGUCCUGCAAAUGCUGGGUCGUGCUGGCCGACCACAGUACGACUCCUAUGGCGAGGGUAUCAUCAUCACUUCUCAAGCAGAGAUUCAAUAUUAUCUGUCGCUCUUGAAUCAGCAAUUGCCGAUUGAAAGUCAAUUGAUGAGCAAAAUGGCAGAUAAUCUCAACGCCGAGAUUGUGCUUGGCAAUAUUCAAUCAAGAGACCAGGGCGUUGAGUGGUUGGGCUACACCUAUCUUUUUGUCAGAAUGAUUAGGUCGCCUGGUCUCUACAGUGUCGGUGCUGAUUACAGCAAUGACGAAAGUCUUGAGCAAAAGAGAGUCGAUCUGAUUCACUCAGCUGCCACGGUCCUCGAGAGAGCUGGGCUGGUCAAGUACGACAAGAAGUCCGGAAAACUACAGGCGACUGACCUUGGUCGCGUCGCUUCUCACUACUACAUCACGCACAACUCCAUGCUGACCUACAAUCAGCAUCUUCAGCCGUCGAUAAGCACCAUCGAGCUUUUCCGCAUCUUUGCACUUAGUGAUGAAUUCAAGUAUAUCCCAGUUCGACAAGAUGAGAAACUCGAACUCGCAAAGUUGCUGGGCAGAGUGCCGAUACCGGUCAAGGAAGGGAUGGAGGAGCCACAAGCCAAAAUCAACGUGCUCCUUCAAGCCUUUAUCUCCAGGCUCAAACUCGAAGGGCUCGCGCUGAUGGCUGAUCUUGUCUAUGUUACGCAGUCCGCUGGACGUAUCUUGAGAGCCAUCUUCGAAAUAUGUUUGAAGAAGGGGUGGGCUUCAGUGGCCAAGAUUGCACUCGACCUGUGCAAAAUGGCUGAAAAACGUAUGUGGCCGACAAUGACGCCAUUGAGGCAAUUCCCUACGUGUCCGAGGGAAUACAUCCAGAAGGCCGAGAGAAUGGAUGUUCCUUGGCCAAGCUAUUUCGAUCUUGAUCCUCCUCGCAUGGGAGAGCUGCUUGGUCUUCCCAAAGCUGGACGUAUCGUUUGCGAUCUGGUUGCGAAAUUCCCGCGGCUGGAAGUUCAAGCACAAGUUCAGCCGAUGACCAGAUCAAUGCUCCAUGUUGAGCUCACAAUCACUCCUAACUUCGUUUGGGAUGACGCAUUACACGGCACCUCCGAGUCUUUCUGGAUCAUUGUGGAAGACUGCGACGGUGAAGAGAUCCUGUUCCACGAUCUCUUCAUUCUGCGCAAAGAGUUCGCUGAGGGGGAGAUGACAGAACAUCUCGUUGAUUUUACUGUCCCUAUCAGUGAGCCAAUUCCGCCAAACUAUUUCAUCACUCUGAUGUCGGAUCGAUGGAUGCAUGCGGAGACGAGAGUGCCAGUGUCCUUCCAGAAAUUAAUCCUGCCCGAACGUUUCCCACCCCAUACUCAGCUUCUGGACUUGCAACCUGUGCCGGUUCAAGCCCUGAAGGUCAAGGAGUACGUUGACCUCUACCCCAACUGGAACAGAUUCAACAGAAUCCAGACCCAGGUUUUCAAGUCUCUGUACGACAGCACAGACAGUGUCUUCAUUGGUGCCCCAACCGGCAGUGGCAAGACUGUCUGCGCCGAAUUUGCUCUUCUGCAACACUGGAAAAACCCAGAAGCUGGCAAAGCGGUCUACCUCGCACCAUUCCAGGAGCUCGUCGACAGUCGUCAUGCCGACUGGCAGGAACGGCUGUCCAAGAUUGUGGGUGGUAAAACCAUCUCAACCCUGUCGGGUGAGGUCACGGCUGAUCUGAGAAUCCUGGAUCGAUCCGAUUUAGUCCUUGCCACUCCUUCCCAAUGGGACGUACUCUCACGACAGUGGCAACGCCGGAAGAAUGUGCAAGCCGUUGAUCUUUUCAUCGCCGAUGAACUUCACAUGAUCGGUGGCGAGAACGGUGCCAUCUACGAAAGCGUCGUGUCCAGGAUGCAGUAUAUCCAUAUCCAACUUGAAAACAAUCUGCGAAUUAUCGGACUGAGUGUACCGCUGUCCAACGCCAGAGAUGUGGGGGAAUGGCUGGGAGCGAACAGGCAUACUAUCUACAACUUCAGUCCGCUGGCCAGACCCGUUGGUCUGGAGCUGCACAUUCAGUCUUUCAACAUACCUCACUUCCCGUCGCUGAUGAUGGCUAUGGCUCGUCCAGCUUAUCAAGCUGUCCUACAGAUGUCUUCAGACAAGCCGGCUAUCAUUUUCGUGCCCGGCAGGAAACAGGUUCGGGCAACUGCGGUGGACAUACUUUCGGCCUGCAUUAUGGAUGACGACGACGAACGAUUUUUGCACACAAAUGUCGAUGAACUCACACCAUUCUUGGAACGAAUCAACGAACGCGCGUUGGCCGAGUCUCUGACACACGGCAUCGGUUACUACCAUGAAGCCCUGACCAACAGCGACAAAAGAAUCGUGUCCCACCUCUUUAAGAUCGGGGCCAUUCAAGUUAUGCUCGCAUCAAGGGAAGUCUGCUGGGAACUCCCAGUCACCUCACACCUUGUUGUCGUCAUGGGUACACAGUACUAUGUCGGCCGAGAACACCGUUAUGUCGACUACCAGAUUAGCGAGGUCCUGCAAAUGUUUGGACGCGCUUGCAGACCGGGUCAGGAUACUACCGGCAAAGGCGUGCUCAUGGUCCCUCAAGUCCGACGAGAGUACUACAAGAAAUUCCUGAGCGAGGCCUUGCCCAUCGAAAGUCAUCUUCAGCUGUGGCUGCACGAUGCGUUCGUCAACGAAAUCAGCACUAAGACGAUCACCUCCACUCAAGACGCCGUCGACUGGACAACGUACACGUACUUCUACCGACGGCUGCUGGCAAACCCAAGCUUCUACGGCCUCAACGACACCUCGCACGACGGUCUAAGCACGUUCCUCUCCGAGUUGGUGGAGAACACGCUCAAAGAACUUUCAGAAGCCAAGAUCAUCGACCUCGACGAGGAGGACGACUCUGUGUCUCCUCUUAACCCGGCCAUGAUCGCAGCAUACUACAACAUCUCGUUCAUCACGAUGCAGACGUUCCUGCUCUCGCUCACCGGUCGCACGAAGCUGAAGGGUAUGCUCGAGAUCGUCACCUCGGCGACCGAGUUCGAGACGAUCCAGAUGCGCCGCCACGAGGACCAUGUCCUCCGCCGUAUCUACGACCGCGUGCCGGUCAAGAUGUCCGAACCAGCGUACGACUCGCCGCACUUCAAGGCUCUUGUGCUCCUGCAAGCGCAUUUUUCGCGGAUGCAACUGCCCAUCGAUCUGGCCAAAGACCAAGAAGUCAUUGUUGCCAAGGUUCUAAGUUUGUUGUCUGCGUGUGUCGACGUGCUGAGUUCCGAGGGGCAUCUCAACGCAAUGAAUGCGAUGGAAAUGUCCCAGAUGGUCGUGCAGGCCAUGUGGGACCGCGACAGCCCGCUGCUGCAGAUUCCGCACUUUGACAACAAAGUCGUUGAUGUUCUCGCUAGACACGACAUCAAGGAUAUUGACGAGUUCAUGACCGCCAUGGACCCCAGCGAGAACCCAGACCACGCGAAGCUCGUCGCCGAAAUGGGUGUGAGCAACCGCCAGCUCGUCGAGGCUGCCAACUUUACGAACGACAAGUACCCGAGUCUCGAGCUGGAGUUCGAUGUUGUGGACAAGGACGAGGUUACGGCCGGACAGCCGUCGUAUCUCCAGAUCAAAGUCUCGCGCGAAGUUGAUGAGGAUGAGGAGGAGGAGGGCGAUGAUGCAGUCGAUCUCACGGUACACGCACCCUUUUAUCCGGGCAAGAAAUUGGAAAACUGGUGGCUUGUGGUGGCCGAGGAGAAGACCAGGUCGUUGUUGGCUAUCAAGCGCGUUACAAUUGGCAAGAGUCUGGCGACCAAGUUGGAGUACGUCGUGCCUACAGCGGGCAAGAAGGAUCUCACACUGUUCCUGAUGUCGGAUUCGUAUGUUGGUGUGGAUCAGAGCAUGGCGUUCAACGUGGAUGUGGCUGAGGGUAUGGACGAGGAUGAAGAUGAGGAAGCUGAUGAAGAGUGA